GAUAUGAGCCUAUCAGGUGGAAGAUAUUUUGUGUGUUUUAAAUAUAUCUGAGAGAAGACAACAAGUUGGAAGCAGAAGCAGAAGCAGAAGCAUGAACGUGGAAGAAGAAGUUGGACGCCUAAAGGAAGAAAUCAAGAGGCUUGGCAAGCUCCAAUCAGAUGGUUCUUACAAGGUUACAUUUGGAACGCUAUUUCAUGAUGACCAAUGUGCAAAUAUAUUUGAAGCACUUGUUGGGACACUAAGAGCAGCUAAAAAACGAAAAGUAUUAACAUAUGAAGGUGAAUUGCUGCUGCAAGGAGUCCAUGACAAUGUGGAAAUCACUCUUAAUCCCACCCCUGCUGCUGCUGCUUCCAACUGAACACUAUGUACCAAAAACUAUAAAAGAAUAACCUUUAUAGGUGCUUGUUUUAUAAGUAUUGAUUGAAACUAUUUACUUCUAUUCAACGUCAUUUAAUAUGGUGUGAAAAUUAUAAUACUCCAAAAUCUUGUCAUCAAAGAAAAUUGUUACCCUCUCAAAAAAGAAAAUUGUGGUUAUAGAUUUCGUAACCAACAGUUUU